AUGACUAACAAUUCCAAUAAUCUUAAAUUUGAGAAAUAUGAUGACCCAGAGAUCAAGAGGUUUACUCACAUGAACAAUGGGGAGGCUUGGCAAGGUUUAUUGACAAGAGAACAAUAUGCCGACAGAGAGCAAUACUUGAGUGAAUCUGGAAUUGCCCAAAAAAAUCAUGAUCCACUCGCUAAGAAAUUAUAUCCAGAAGGUUAUGAAUGGUUUGGUAUUAAAUUCUUCGCUUUGAAGGAUACAAGUUUACCAACUACAAGUAAGACUAGUCAAAUUGUAUCUAGUUGUGAGACAUUAAAUAGAUUGGGAUAUUGCACCACUAGUGGAUCUAAAGGGAAAAUUGAAUUAUGCUUGAAUGUUUGCAUUGGUGGUGUGUUCACUGAAAAGAAGUUUAGGGGUCAAGGUUAUGCUAAAGUUAUGAUUGAAUCACUCAAUAAAUAUUAUGAUGAUUUACGUUCGACACCAGGUGCACCAGAUUUCAUUAAGAAUCUAGUAAUUACACUUUAUAGUGAAGUAGGUGAUUAUUAUACACAAUUUGGUUACCAUACAUUACACGUUCCUUUACAUAAUAUCACGCAUGUUGAUGAAUUAUAUCAAGAAUACUGCGAGGGAAUUGACUCUGCAACUGGAAGAUUUUUAGGAUUUGAAGAUUAUGAGGAUUUAGUUAAUUUACAAGACGAGGAAUUUAAGAAAGAUCUAUUAAGGACAAAUGGUGCCAAUAAGGAUUCAUUUAUCUUCAUGGUAAAACCAGAUAUUGAAAUCUUCAAAUGGUUCCAAUACCGUGAUAUUUUCAUCCAAGAGAGGACAGACAAUGGAACCACCCAACCACCAUUUGGCUUUGAACUAGAUGAUCGCAGUCAUAUCAUAUGGCAUCACAAUUGGAAUGAUAAUAAGUUGGUAAUUACAAAAAUAUACAUAUCUGAGAAUCAAAAGAUGAGGUCAGAAGUAAUCUUGAAACAGUUGUUUGCUAAAGCAAUCAACGAGGCCAGAAGAACUCACCUAGAUAUUUUACAAUUCUGGGAUUUUGAAAUCCCAUUGAAUGAAUUUCCUCAAUUACAAGCCACAUUAAAAAAAGUUUGUGAUGAUGAUGAAUUGUACGCGCAAAAUGGAUCCAUCAGCGCUGUAAGACCUCCUCCUGGAUAUAACAAGGAUACCAUUAUCUGGGAGAAGAAUACAAAGUUUUGUUGGUUUUGA